AUGCUUUCAGAACUUCCAGAAGAAAUACUCUGGCUCAUCUCCAAGCAGCUCGAACAUCAACAUGAUCGGCUGCACUUGGCAACCUCAUGCCGUCGACUCUACGGGGCACUGCACUCGUCCAUCUUCUGCAAUGUCAAGCUUUGCGGUUAUGCUUGGGGAACUAAAGAUACGCCAUCUAAAAAUGCGCCCCAGGUAUACCACUUCCUCUCCACGAUUGCCCGAAAGCCCAAAUACGCAAGCAUGGUCCGGGUGCUGGACUUGGGCUCCUGGGAGACUGAGAGGACUUGUGACGCUCACGGGUAUCCAAACGACUUUGAUUUCGACCGUGACCUCACGGAGAAGCUGGUACGAGAAGCAACUAGUGAUGAAACUCAGCAAGAAAAAUGGGUCAAGCACCUCGAAAUGGGAAUCACAGAUGCCUGGCUAGCCUUGCUCAUUCCAAAGAUGACCAACUUGCGCAAAAUCAGCAUCGUCUGGACUGGAGAUACAGACUAUGUCACCAACAUGUUUGUUAAAGUUGCCAAAUCAGAGACUCCCGUCUUCCCGCAUCUCGAAGAGGCCUGGUCCGCGCACUGGGAUACGGAGAACGGCGCAGAAACAGAACUGAUGCUGCCGUUCUUCAAAUUUCCUUCCAUGCGAAAGAUAGGUGGCUUUAUGCUCUAUGAUGGCUUGGAUUGGGAUGAUGAAUACGGCCAAAAUGAGCCUUUCAAAGACGUUAAUAUUGGUUGUUCAAGCAUCACCGAUAUUGAUUUGAGAAUGACCAAUGCAACGAACGGAUUACAGACUUGGAUACGAGCCUGCAAAGCGCUGAAAACCUUCAGAAUUGGCGAUGGCGGGAACAUGGUAUCAUACGAUCCAUCUCAUCGGGGCAAGCUGUAUGAGGCUCUCCUAUUUCACAAAUCAACAUUGGAGGCGUUAUCGAUCAGCGAUGACAGCGGCGGUUAUGAGUCCGACGAAAACGAGAACUUAUUCAUGGGGUCAUUUGCAGACUUUACGAAUAUGAAAAUCCUACAUAUUGCUUGCGAAAGUAUCCUGGAACGGGAUGAUGAAGGAAAUCCGACACAGAACCUAAUGGAUGUGCUUCCGACUUCCUUGGAACUCUUAUCCCUAUACGACUCUAAUGGGACUUUGUUACAGUGGUGGAUCGAACAGUUUGAGCUUCUACUGGAUUCAAACUUCUGUCCGAACCUGAAAACCAUUUGUGUUGAAGUCUCUAGCUUCAGACGACCUGAGGUUACUCCUCAGGAAGAGGAACUGAAGCGUCGAUGUCAAGAGAGAGGUGUUUCAUUCCUGGUUCUUGGUUCGGGAUCCGAGGAGGUAGUAGAUUACUGGAAUUCGGUUUGGCCUUGCGGUCAGCUCUUUGAGCACCAAUAUUAG